GAAACUUGGUUCGAAUUCAUAUGAACUGAUCGAUGUUAAACACCGAGUGCUUGGCCAUUAUUCCGCCGUUUUAAUUACAACACGUUAACUCAUUCAGUAUAUUCGCCUUCUCAAGAAUUUCGAUGAAUAUAUGGCGGGCCUCCAUAUUCCAUUGAUUCUGCCUUAUUACAGGGUACCCGGCUUCUUAAGCAAACAAAAACAAAUGUGAUAUCCCAUUAGGCUCGAAACGGAUCCCUAGCGUAAUCGAUCCGCUACAAUCGGAUAAAUCGCGUAUCGAUAACUUGGUAGUGGCACUAGUCGAACCGAAAGGGCCAUCUUCAGGGAAAUACUCAAAACCGACGCCACUUUUCUUGGAUUUUUCUCCGUCACAAACGUUUACGCACGCUAAAUAUCUAUAAGUAGACGAGAACCAUGGUACUCCCCCCGUAUGUGAAGGUUGGCCAGCAAGUGCAGCAUCUGAUGCGUCUAACAAUCAAGUGGGACCACAAUGACGCCCUGCCGAUAUUCGCGCUCGAGAUCGACCCUAAAGCGCAAAAACCCCCAUUGGCCGUGAUUCCCAAGGGCUCCGAUGGCCCGUACUUGUCGGCAACCGAAUCGGUUUUUUGUCGGUUGCGUGGGGUAGGGAAGUCGAUCCUUGAUGUCUAUGCACCGCCAUUCGAGUCACAAGCGACUGGCGGGGAAAUUUGCGUCCUGUUCGCCCAGUGGCAUGAUGAGCCGACACACCGUGCCGCAAUCGGCUAUCUACGUAUCAGUUCUCCUGACCAAAUCGGCUUCAGCGACUUCAGGACGUCACUGGCCAAAGGCGUACCACGCAACAUGUUAGACAACACCGCCUUUAUUGUCGGUUUCUGUAGGCCAUACUACCCAUUUCACUACGAGGCAACUUUGCGGAUGUACAAUGUAGUCAACCGGGACCUAGCAUUUCGACUGGUAUGCUACCACAAAGCACAGGGGACCCAACUCUAGUGACCCUCUUAACCCAAGUGGACAUGCAUGCGAGGAACCUGUUGAAAAUGUACCAACAGCAAUUGCACCAUAGGGACCGGAGCAUGGGGCCGUCUACGCUGUCCUCAUCCUCAAUACCAACCACUGUUCAACUAACCACAUCACGCGCGGUACGAUUCAUCCGCACCAUCGAUCUGCCACGGCGCUGUCUACUCUUAAAAUCCACCGAAACCACCCCGACAGAAACCGUUUGGGUUCCCGGAAGUCCGUCUAUGGUUCGUCGCAGAGAUGCUUUUCACCAACCCAAUCUGUCGUCGCUUUCUGAAAGAGAA